CAAUACAAUCUAAAAUAAAUAAACUGUUUUUACCUAAUGUCAAGUGUCAAAUUUGAGAGAUUAAUACAAUUUGCUAAACCAUAACCUAAGCCUGAUGCACCUUUGUCACAAAUUUUAUUGUUCAUUUAUAAUAAAAGCAAAAGUUGAAAAUAAAAUGAUGAGUUAAAUUAACAAAGAAAGAAGAAAAAAAGGAAAGUACAAUAAAAAUAAAAAAAAGAGCUUUAUUGUUUUAAGUUAGUUUUUACAAAUAAAAAUAUCAUUAUCCAAAAUAUAUUAAAAGUCAAAAUAAAUAUCUAGCUUUAUAUAUGUAUAAAAUAUUAAUCAAAUAUAUUUUAUUCUUAAGUUCCUUCUAAUAAUUUGGGGAAUAUUCUUUUUCUUCAAUUUCAUAAUAUUGAAAAUAUAUUUCAAUAAAAUAGCUCAUAUUUACUUUAUAUAUAUAUGUAGCUCAUUUAUUUUUUGAAGUUAAGUAUAAAUAAACUGUUUUUACCUAAGGUCAAGUGUCAAAUUUGAGAUAUUAAUGCAAUUUGCUAAAGCAGAACCUAAGCUUGAUGCGAUGUUAUCACUAAUUUAAUAGUAACUUUUUAAAUAUUAAAAAAAAAUAAAAUAAUUAAUUAAUUAAUUAAUUGAAUGGAAAAAAUGAAAUAUGAAAUAAUAAGAUUUAUUCAUAAUUAUUUAAAUUAACU